AUGCGUUGCUCCUACUGCGGCGAGACCAAUCCUCGCUGGAAGUCUGGCCGAAGUCUCAGCAGACAUCAGGCAGCUUGCUCGCGAAAAUACCUACGGGCGAAUUUACCCCCCCUUCCCGAACUUGAGCCCGAGCUUGAGGCACCUGAGCCUGCACCAACGCUGCAAGAUUUUGACAUGUUUGAGCCUGCACCGGUGAUGGAUCUAGGCGUACCUGAAGUAGAGGUCGAGCCUCCUGAAGCUCCGAGUGGACGAACUUUUCGACGCAAGCAGAUGACCUGGAAGAAGCGAGAGGCCAUGCUUGAUUUACCACCUAGAGUUCGACGUGCUCCCGUCGCCGAACAUGAGCCGAUAAUUGACAACACAGUUCCACCCUCACGAGCAAUCUGUACCUCUCCUAAUGCGAUGGGAAUGUACCGCAUUUAUCCUCAGAGACCGACACAUAAUCCCGAUGAAUCAGUCUCUCUCGAAGAUCUAGCUGAUGUGAACCGCAACACCGACAUUAUCGAUCCAGCCAAACGAAGAAGUAAAGAAACUGAAUUAGGUGACACGGGGAAUCAGGGGAGUCCACAUCCCUGGUCGCCAUUUUUGAGCUCGACUGUCGCCAGGCUGCUCUGUUGGUUCCACAGCGGCUCAACCCAGAAAUCUGUCGCCGAACUCGACUCACUCGUCAAGAAUGUACUGCUUAAGGAGGAUUUCAACGCCAUCAGUCUGAAGGGUUUCAGCACAUCCAAAGAACACACUCGUGUCGACGAUGCACUCAAGGUUGACAACACUUCAUCACAGUUGUUUCCGGCUACAAGUGGAUGGGAGCAGUGCAGUGUCAUCAUUUCUCUUCCUGCGCCAAAGGUAAAGAAAGCAGAGGCUCAAGCUCCUACUUUCGAAAUCAAGGAGAUCAACAUUCGACCACUACUCUCUGUCAUGCAAGAUGCGUUUCAAGGACCUGAAUUCACAGACCUCCAUCUUACCCCCUUCGAAGAAAGUUGGAUUCCUCUAGCGGAUGAUCACGAUCAACACCCUGACCUUGACUCACCAACCCGCGAGCCAUUCUCGACACUUCCUAAAGGCCACGAACGAACAUAUAGCGAGAUUUAUACCUCACAGGCGAUGAUGGACGCUCAUCGCUCCCUCCCCGUUCAUCCCACCCUUGAGACAGUUGUGGUCGCAUACAUGUUCUGGAGUGAUGCUACCCAUCUUGCGACAUUCGGCACAGCUUCACUCUGGCCUUUAUACACCUUCUUCGGCAAUUGCUCGAAGUACCUUCGACUAAAGCCAACUGGUAAUCACUGCCACCACCAGGCCUAUAUCCCUUCGCUUCCGGACUCGCUGAACGAUCGAUACCGUGAACUAUAUGGCCAUGCACCUCGACCAGCGUAUCUCACGCAUCUCAAACGUGAACUGAUGCACGCAGUAUGGAGCCUGUUGCUAUCAGCCGAAUUCAUUCAUGCGUACAUUCACGGCCUGGCCGUAAAAUGUUUUGAUGGUAUUUUGCGGUUAUUAUUCCCUCGCUUUUUCACAUAUGGUGCCGACUACCCUGAAAAAGUCCUCUUGGCGACAAUUAAAUACCUGGGUGGUUGUCCUUGUCCCCGCUGCCUUAUCGCAAAAGCGAACAUAAGAAAUCUUGGCAUGAAGCGGGACCUACUUGCUCGCACCAGGCUUAACCAACUCCGCAUUGAUUCUGCCAGAAUCCGUGCGCAAAUUGAGACUGCACGUAAACAUCUCUUUGCCGCUGGGGCACUCGUAAAUGGAACCAAGGUUGACGGAUUAUUAAAGAAGGAUUCCCUUGUUCCUACACGUAAUGCGUUCUCUGUCCUUCUACCACAUGGCUUAAACUUCUAUGCACUGUUCGUUCCAGACUUGUUACACGAAUUCGAACUCGGAGUCUGGAAGGCCGUCUUCAUCCAUCUUGUUCGGAUACUUCAUGCAAUAGGCCCUGAUUCUGUUGCAGCGCUAAACGAACGCUAUUGCAAGGUGCCGACAUUUGGACGAGACGUGAUUCGCAAAUUUCACGCUGAUGCUGCUGCCAUGAAGAAACUUGCCGCACGAGAUUACGAAGAUCUUCUCCAGUGCUCAAUUCCGGUCUUUGAGGGGCUUUUCCCAGGCCUCCACAAUCAAACUGUGCUGAACCUUCUCUUUGCCCUGUCGACUUGGCAUGCUCUAGCAAAGCUCCGUCUUCACACCAAUACAACACUUCGUCUCUUAAGAGAAGCCACCGUAGAUAUUGGCAACCUCCUUCGCAAGUUUUCGGAUACAGUCUGUCCUGCGUACACUACAAAGGAUUUGCCGUGUGAGGCAGAAGCUCGUGCUCGAAAAGCACGCAAGAUGGAUUCUACCAGUCUAAACACUACAGCCUCAACAACCACAAAGCUGCGAUCAUUCAACAUGAACACAUACAAAAUGCAUGCACUCGGUGACUACGCCAAUACCAUACAACAACUGGGAACAUCUGAAUCAUGGUCAACACAAGUGGGAGAAUUGGAGCAUCGCCGUGUUAAGCGGCUGUAUGGGCGCACUAACAAGAAUAAAUAUGAAGAGCAGAUCGCAAAGCAAGAACAGCGCCAACGAACACUUCGAGAGGUCAGACGGCGCCUUGAAGCUAUUGAUGGUGCCGUUGCAGAUGCACCACCGAAAGGUCCGCCUAAGAAGUCGUUGAAGCAAUCCCUCAAUGAUCACCACUACAUCUCAUCUUCUGGCCAGACAGCAGUCACAAUUAGUGAGUAUCUAACGGCACACCAAGGAGAUGCAGCGUUUACGAAUUUUAUUCCGAAGCUCAAGGCCCACCUCCUCAAACGAAUCCUCAAUAUUCCUGACACUGGAGAUGGCAAGCAAUACUCAGUGGACGAACUCCUCAAGGUUGUGACCGUGAACGACCGAUUGUACUUGCACAAGAAAAACUCAGACUUUAUCACUCCUUCAAACGAGGAUGACGAUGUAGCGGAUCAGCACCCAUUGUGGUAUGGCCGGCUUGUGCAAAUAUUUCAUGCCACCGUUCAUCACCCGCGCCUUCACGAACCACAACAAGUUGACUUUCUUUGGGUUCGAUGGUUCGGACGCGACCUAGAAUACCAGGCUGGCUUUUCCAAACGGCGCCUUCAUCGUAUCGGAUUUGUUGCUCUAGAUGACGAUGCAGCGUUCACAUUUGUGAAUCCUGCAGACAUCAUCAGAGCUGUCCACAUUCUCCCUGCUUUUCACUACGGCGUAACACAGGUGAAUGAAACAUCACCUGUAGCUGAUGCCGCGGAAGCGAAGAGCCAAGGAAAGUGGUUCUCCGAUCGCGAUACAGCAAUGCGGUAUAUUGGUGGUGCUGUAGGACAUCAGUCUGUACAGACAGAUCAAGAGAAUGCCACGGAAAUUAUUAGUGAAGACUCGGAUUCUGACUCUGACAUGGAGUCCCAUGACGAUGCGGCCAACGACCAGAUGUUAGAGGAUAUGAUCGCAUAUGAUGAAGACGAGGGCGAUGAUGUUGAGUUAUCGGAGGCGGAGGAUGAGGAUGAUUUAGAUCAAUGGUUAUCUGAUGAAGAUGAAAUUCCUCGUGACGACAAGGAGGAGGAGGAGGAGGACACAGAUGCUCAAUCCGACACAGCGAGUGAGCAAUCGGAGGACCUACAAGUCGAAGUUUGGUAA